CACCCUGCUCGUAUACAUCCAUUGCUUCGUCAGUCAUUGAACAAACAGGCAGGUAUCCAUUCAACGCCAACAUGUCGACCUACAAACAGAUCGUCCUCGCCUCCAGGCCCAAGAACGAGAUCAUCCCGUCCGAGGUGUUCAGGACGGAGGAGGGAGGACCGAUCCCGACUGAUAAAACGUUGAAGGACGGAGAGAUUGCUAUCAAGGUUGACUAUCUGUCAUUGGAUCCUGCUAUGAGAGGAUGGAUGAAUGACACGAAAUCCUACGUCCCUCCCGUGAAAAUCGGAGAGGCCAUGAGAGCCUAUGGCAUCGGCACCGUGACUUUCUCCAAACACCCACGCUACAACCCCGGUGAUUUGGUCGUCGGUACCUUCGGCUGGCGCGAAUACGUCGUCACAACCGGUUCCGGAAUCGAAAAAGUGAUCCUCCCUCAGGGCGCGACUCCGCGUGACUUCCUCUCCACCCUCGGCAUGACAGGUCUCACUGCCUACUUCGGACUUCUCCGUCACGUUCCCGAAAACGUAUUGGGACCGAAUUGUACAGUUGUGGUCAGUGCCGCUGCCGGCGCGACGGGAAGUGUUGUGGGGCAAAUCGCGAAGGUGAAGGGGUGUAAGGUUAUUGGGAUCGCGGGAGGGGAGGCGAAGUGUAGGUGGGUCAGGGGGGAGUUGGGGUGGGAUGGUUGUGUGGAUUACAAGAAGAAAGGGUGGGAGAGGGAUUUGAGGGAGGCGGUUGGGAGGGGCGGGAUUAAUGUGUAUUUUGAUAAUGUUGGUGGCGACAUCCUCGAUGAAUGCCUCAAACUCGCCGCUCCACAUGCGAAAUUUAUUAUCUGUGGUAGUAUCUCGCAGUAUAACACGAGUAAGCCGCAAGGUCCUCGUGCGUUUUUGUUGGUUAUCUCGAAGAGGAUUACGUUGAAAGGGUUUAUCGUAUUUGAUUUCUUGAAGGAGUAUGACCAGGCGAGGAAGGAGUUGGCUCAAUGGUUACUGGAAGGAAAGAUCAAGAGGAUGGAACACAUUGUCGAUGGCGGGAUCGAUGCUGCGCCGCGUGCGCUGGUCCAACUAUUCGAGGGCGCGAACACGGGGAAGAUGAUGGUAAAGGUUUCGUCCGACGCAGAGGCUCCUACUUCCUCUGUCUCGGCGUCCAAGUCCAAAUUGUAAACGCCCCCCCUUGAUCCCUUCAAUCCGUCUCGGCAUCACGGAAGGCUCGGCACAAAUACUUCGCAACUGCAGGGAUCUCUGGGGGCAAGGGCUAGAUUCAUUGUGUUAUUGGAUGAGAUGCCUCGAAAUGGGGCAGGUUUGAUUUACGGCGCAGAAGGCUGCCGCAGCACUCUGGAAGCUCCGCGGAGGCAUUUCGGGUCUCGGGUGCGGCCGUGGGCAGUCGAAGGAGGCCCUGCAUCGACCGCGUCUGGAGGCUGAGCUUUUUUUGAUGGGGGUGUGAUUGGGUAGAUAAUAGCAUCGAUUCCUUCAAAUAUACCGGCUGUCCCAUCGCGAGUGCGGGCGUGAAGCU